GGAACGCGAAUAACGACGAAACAUUGGACGAAUCGGAGCUUCUUCCUCUGAGUCUCUGACUCUGUGAGUUGGCGCUAUUAGUAUCAGCAAAGCCUCGCGACGAUCGGAUCGGAUAUACAUACGAAGUAUACGUAUAGAUUAAUAUAUAUAUAUAUGAUAUAUAUGUAUAUGUGAUAUGGAGCCUCCUCCGUUCCAGGAAGCUGCGCGCUGCGAUGUCUGCAAAUGCAGCUUCAACACUUUCAGGCGACGGCACCAUUGCCGAUGUUGUGGUAGGACAUUUUGCCAUGAACAUUCUUCAAAUCAAAUGGCUUUACCACAAUUUGGCAUUCUCUCUUCCGUCAGAGUUUGCAGUGAUUGUUUCAAUGAUUCCUCUCGACCUGUGAAAGAUAAUGUACAGGCUUCUUCAAACGGAGUUGAAUCUGUGUCAGAUGGAGUUUCUAGUUUAAACAUCGGUGGUGAUGUUGAUAUGGACUCAAAUGCUGAACCACCCGUAGAGCAUCAGCCUGUGGUAGGUGUUAAGGAAUGUAAAUGUGGAAUGCCUCUAUGUAUUUGUGAAGCUCCAGCUCCAUCUGUGGAUGUAGUUCCCUCACAGAAGAAACCUUCUUCGUCCUUUGUUCCUCAGUCAAAUCCAAAACCAAAGAAAACAGAAGCUGUUUUGAAGAAUAAAGGUUCUACUUCAAACAGCAAGCCUAGUUCUGUUUUCAAUCGCGGUCAAGUGAAUAAUGAUACCGCAGAUAAAUAUCUAAAGGAUUAUGAAGUGAAUGGGGAGGGUUUGAGAGAAGCCAUAAAGAAUGGUGACCAUGCUGCAGUCAAGAAGCUUCUUAGUGAGGGUGUUGAUGCAAAUUACCACGACAAGCAAGGGUUGUCUUUGUUACAUUUGGCAGCAGUCUUUAAUCAAACUGAUAUAGUUUUCACUCUCAUGGAAAGUGGAGCAAGCCUGGACUACAAGAACGCUCAGGGGGAAACUGCCUUCGAUUGUGCUCCUGCUACUUUGCAAUAUAAGAUGCGACAGAAGAGGGAAGAGUAUGAGACUGCAAAGCACUAGAACCAUCUGAGAGUGUUCUACAUAUGUCCUCGACGUCUUUAAGCUACUUGUACAUUUAUCUGUUUCCCUUAAUGAAAAAUGUUCGGCAAACCAGUAGCGAACCACCUUUUUUCCAGCUUUUAUGACACACAGUAUAAAGACAGUCUACAGUUGGAAUGCUAGUAAUAGCAAGUCCCUUAAGAAGGCAAUGGGAAUUUUCCACUGCUUUUGAAAUUGGCCUAGCUUUGCAAAGCAUAGAUAAGAUCGAACAAAAGAAGGCCGGGCAGAUAUUAAACACUACCUUGUGCGCAUUAAAGUUAUAUUAUUUUUUUUUGUGGUGGUGUAGUUUGUAUACAGUAGUAGUGUUGGCACUGUGAUUAAAUGUCGUAUUAGAUCAUAAUCUUUAAUCGUCAGCAACUUUUUUUGGGCAAAUGUAAAUGCUGAAAAUGUUGAAGGCAAUAUGGUCAGAGGUGGGGUGCAAUUGAAUGAUGCUCGAGGGCAUGGAUAAGGUCAUUGAAUGAUCAUCUGAUCUUUUUCUUUCUUUCUCUUCUACUUUAUGAGAUGUUCUUUUGAGGGAUGACGGGGUAACAUUUUUCUUUAAAUGAUAUUUAUGCAUGUGUAGUUAUAUGAUUAUGUGAGACGGUCAUUUAUUA